AUGAGUUUCGGUGGCUUCACCGAAGGCAAACGACCCUCCCAGGGCACUCAGAGGAGCUCCGUGGCAGCGGUCCAUCAGAAUGCCACUGAGCGUUUUGCUCUGCCUCCAGUUUCUCUGAGUUGCCACCAUGUGUUUGGUUCUAAGCCGAACGUUAGGGGCGGAGUUCAUUUCACCGAGGCUUCAGCAGUGUGCUACCCCUGCGGCCGCCUGAUGGUGCUGCACAAGCUGGAGAAAAAGGCGCAAAAGUUCCUCCACGGGGCAGACGAAGGGCUAGAGACCGUCUGCACUGCUGUCUCGCAAAACAAGAGGUACUUGCUAGUGGGCGAGCGUUCUGAGCGUAGGGCCUUAGUUUCAGUGUACGACUUGAUAACUCUAAAGACGAAGAAAACGCUGGCAUUCGCGGACUGUCAGUCCACCGAAUUUCGGUCCGUCGCAUUCUCCGGGGAUAGCAGACACAUCCUCGCCCUUGGAGGACCCCCCGACUGGUGCCUCGUGUACUGGGCUUGGGAAAAGGCCAAGGUGGUUGCUUCUUACAAGCUUGGGAUGCCGUCACUGGAGUUCUGCGAAUGCUCCUUCAAUCCUCUAGACUCCUCUAUUGUGUGCUUGGUGGGAGAUGGUGUCAGUCGCAUGUUGAGGCUGCAAGACGGCCAGCUGCGCGUCAUGCAGAACUAUCUUUAUAAAAGACAAGGCCAGCAAUUUACCAGCCACGCGUGGCUCUGUGACGACUCGCUCAUCGUCGCUUCACACAGUGGGGACUUAACACUGCUGGAUGGAACGGGCGACUUUGUGGCAACGCUCAGCUGCUCACCUGGACUUCCAGGCACGCUGCGCUGCCUGGUGCCUACCUCGAAAGGCUUCGUUUGCGGAGGUGCGGGGGCAUCGAUCCGCAUUUUCGAGAAAAGCCAAGAUCCUACGGAGAUCUACGAACUCACAACGGACGUCUCCGUAGACAACCAGGCAGCCGGUGAGUCUGGCACUGACAGAUCGGGCACGUGCACAGCGCCACACUCUGCCCUUCGAAGAGCAGCGACUGCGGCUAGUGAGAGCUGCCGCCUCGGAAAAAGACGCUACAGCGGACGGCGGGUGGCUCUGUGCCUUGGUGCUCUUGGAAAACUUACAGAGGGAACACACGUGAGCAGCCUGGCGAUGAGUCCAAAGGAAGACACCGUUGCAAUAGGGCUGUCUAACGGGCAGCUCUUUCUGCUGUCGCUAAAGGCCAAAGCCCAGCAUGGCCCCCACCAGGCACCAGCAACGCCAGUCUUGUCUUUCCUGCACACUUCGUUCCACACGGGCGCCAUAUACGGAAUGGACGUCUGCACCCAAAAGCCUCUGGCAGUGACUUGCGGGGAUGAUCAAACUAUCCGAGUGUGGGAUUUCUUAGAGCGCCGAUUGGAGCUGUGUCAGAACUUCCCGGAGGAAAUAUUCUCCGUGGCUUUCCACCCUUCCAGCUAUCACAUCCUUGCGGGGUUUGCAGAUAAGCUCAGGCUGAUGAACCUUAUGCUCGGCGAGUUGCGGACGGUCAAGGAAUUCGCGAUCAAAGCAAGUCGCGAGUGCCGUUUUUCUCAUGGAGGGCACAUGUUUGCUGCUGCAAGUGGAAACAUGAUUGAGGUGUUCAACAUGUAUUCCUGGACUCAUCAAGCCACGCUUCGCGGGCACAGCGCCAGAGUUGCAUCCUUUUCGUGGUCUGUGGACGACCGCUCUAUUGCCUCAGCCGGGCACGAUGGCGCUGUGUAUGAGUUUCUUAUUGACAAGCUCUAUUCGAUCGUGCAAAACCCGCUGGAAAACGGCGGCGAGACGUCAGAGCUUUUCGCCGUUGGUUCCGACGCAUGCAUCAAACAAAUUCAACAAUCCCAGCUGCUCGAGUGCUACGAUGCCGUGGAGCCUCAGGGGGCGAUUGCUGUCCUCUCCAACGGGCGUGCCUUCUUCACGGGAGUUUCCGUUUCAGGACUGCCCGGAUCGAUCCGCUGCUACAAGGCGCCAAUAUCAGGCGAAUAUGGAAGGCAUAUGUGUCAUGAAGGUAACUGCGUGGCGUUGCAUCCGUGGUGUGCAGGAGUCAAUGCUCUGAUGGCUUUAUUUGCAGGUCCAGUUACCCGCCUGGCAGUCGCCGCGAACAAUUCUAUCCUUCUGAGUGCUGGCGCAGAUGGAGUGUUGUGUGUGUGGAAUGUGAAUGACCGAGAAGCAGCACCCGUUGAACAAUCCACCGUAAAAUACAUGGCUGAGGUGUUAGUGGAUAGGACGCAUCUUAUGGAGAGGCAGAGCCAUCUAACUGAGCUCGAACGACAAGUCGAAGAUGUGUCCAACCAAAUGGAUUUUCAGCAACGCAGAUUUGAAACCCAGCAUAAAGAUGCCAUGAGCCAGUUGGAAACGCGAUUCAACAAGGAGCUGGCAGCGGAGAGGCAAAAGUUUGACAUUCUCAGAGAAGAAAAACUCGAGGCAGAACGCCUUUUUCACGAGCAACUCGAAGCGCAGGAGGAACAGCACUCGGCGGCAAUUCAAGUUUUUACUAGACAUAUUAGCCUCCUGCCUUUUACCGUAACCUCAGCCGCGCUACCGAAGAUACCAUCGGCUAAAAUGUUGGUGCUCAACGCUGGGUUGAUCUCUUUCUGUUCACCUUGGUGUGCCUUUUUGUGGCAGACUCUAGAAGCUAGGUUUCACAGCAAGCUAUCUGUAGAGCUAGGCCGUCAGAAGAAGCUAGCUCAGGAGAAGGAAAAGGACAGGCAAAACUGGGAAAAUGAGAAGGACAAGCUCCUCAAGGAAACAGCAAGUAAAGAGCAAGAGUGGAGCCGGCAGAUGACACUUCAAGCAAAACAGGCAGAGGAUGAGCUGCAAAGAAUGAGAGAAAGCAAAGAACUGGCGCUGAAGACGCACCAGGAACUUUUGCAACAAGUGGAAGAAGACGCAGACAGGGAAAUUGAGAGUCUGAAGGAAAUGUACGAACGACGGCUGGCAGAGGAAAAUGCGGAAAAGGUCAAACUGCGGGGCCAAGCAGGCAUCUUUCGGCAACGCUAUGAAGACGCAAAGGAGCAGGCUGAGCAGCUGAGAGAAGCAGCAAGAAUGAAGGAAGAACGUGCUGCAAGGCUAAAGGCUGAUGUUGACAAGCUAGUGGCAGACCGCACGGCCCUGAAUCAAGAGCUACAAGAGAGAGACAAGACGAUAGGCGAAAAAGAGCAAAGGAUUUACGAUUUGAAGAGGCAAAACCAGGAACUGGAAAAAUUCAAGUUUGUCUUAGACUAUAAGAUAAAUCAGCUUAAAGCAGUGAUUGAUCCUAAAACUCGCGAUAUCCAAGAGAUGCAAGCGCAGAUCCAAGCCAUGGACUCGGAGUUAGUGGAGUAUCACCGCCAGGGGAAAGUGUCUGCCAUGGAAAUGGAACAGCUUAAGCUCAAGCACAAAGCACUGCGCGAUGAAAUCAGUGCACAGAGGCAGAAAAUUGCUCAGGGGGAGCAGAGGAUGAGGCGACUGCAAUUGGACAUUUACGAAUGCAUGCAGUACCUCCAGGACCCGCACACGCUGAAGCAGCGUGUGACCGCACUUUAUAGGAAGUACCUGACUACCACUUUACCCCCAUCAGAAGUCGAUACCGACAUUUUGAAGGAACAAACGCGGCAAAGAGAUUACUUGGAAAAGUCUGUAGAGUGCCUCAAGAAACGCUUGGGCAAAGACUCAGAAAUGCACCGGCAGGACAAUGUAAAGCUCAUGCAGGAGAAUGCGGCUCUCAUCUGUGAAAUUAACGACCUGCGAAAGGAGUUACUUGCUCUUCAGUCCGACAACCGCCAACGGAAGUUUGCGGGGGCGCCUAAAACUGAGCGAGACAAUGUGCGCUCGGCGCGGCGCAAGACGCCCAAAUGUGAGGGCAACAGCACGCUAUAUGACAAAAACUCAGGGGAUCCACGGCCCAAAAGCGUCAAGCUCUCCGCUACCAGAAGUGCUGUGCCAUCAUCUCCUUGCAUUCAAGGAAAUCCUCCCGUCAAUCAGAGUCAGCUGGAAGAGAUAGAGCCAGGAGGGACACAGGCGAGUGACAAGGUGGCAGAGGAAUGUGCCAAGCUUAUUGAAACACAGGCUAGUGAAAUUGGAGCUCUGAAAAAGAAACUAGAGCUUGUGGAGAAGCAGCUAGAGACUAAAGACGUUUUGGCAAGUCGCGAAAGUAAUUCCCACGAAAUAAUUGAUACGACAUCUGCAUAA